CUGAAAUAAAAACUGAAGUUGUACAGGUGUACGGUUAGAUUUCUUUUUCGAUAUUAAAUCGUGGGCAGGAAACAGCAGUCUCAUUUUAAAACUGUAACAACCAUUGUAACAACCUUUGAUCAAAGCCAACAGCCAAAAUCUUUGAAACUUCUUUGUCAAUCAAACAGUUUUGAGUAUAUUGGAAUUUCAACUGAAUUCAAAGAUUCAUAUCAUUCUCAAAAAUCCCCAGCUUACUCUUACUUUUCUUUUCCUCCAUCAAGUUACUUCAGCAGCUGGGAAUGGAGAAAAUCUGUGUCAGACUAAUGUUCUUUUUUGUUCUAAUUCGUUUUUCAAAAGCUGCUUCAGAUGGGUAUCAUGACAAUGCAACUGAUAUCUGUGACAGUGAGUGCAUUAGGCAAAAGAUUCAAGUUGCAGGUAGGCAGUAUAAGCAGUACUGGCUUGAAUCCGUUGAAAGAACAAGCAGAGCCAGAAGUUCACCACUAACAAAUAAUGAUGGCAAUGGUAGAGUUAAUCCUGAAAUAUUACCAGGGCUUAUCUUGGUAGUUGGCAAGAAUGGCCCUGCAGAUUUUCAAAGAAUUCAAGAAGCUGUGGAUUUUGUUCCGGAGAACAAUACUCGCAGGGUUGUGAUCUAUAUCCGAGCAGGUGUUUACAGGGAGAAAGUUACUAUUCCUUGGAACAAGCCCUUCAUAACUUUUCAAGGAGAAGGAAGAAAAUCCACCGUCAUCAAAUGGCAUGACAAGGGCUACUCUGUCCAAAGAAUUUCCAGUUUGAAUAUGGGCACUUAUCUUAGCGCUUCAGUUGCUGUGAAUGCUGAUUUCUUUGUUGCAGCUGACAUUUCUUUUAAGAACACAGCAAGGUUUUGUGAAAAAGAUAAAUACAAACAAGCUGUGGCACUUAGGGUAUCUGCAGACAGGGCCAUAUUUCUCAACUGUGGGUUCUAUGGUCACCAAGAUACUCUCUAUGACCACCAAGGCAGACAUUAUUUUCUGAAUUGCACCAUAAUGGGCUCUGUAGACUUCAUUUUUGGCAAUGGGAGGUCUCUUUAUGAGAAUUGUCACGUGCAUGCCCUUGGCAAAGGGGGUGCCGUGACUGCACAACACCGGAAAGAAGCGACCGAGCUAACUGGGUUUGCAUAUGUGAGAUGCAAGUUCACUGGUGAUGGGCGUCCAUACUUAGGGCGUGCAUGGGGUGAUUUCUCUCGUGUUGUUUAUGUGAAAUCUGAAUUGGAUUCAGCUCUUGAUCCACAGGGCUUCUCCGAUUUUGGUCAUCCUGACCGCAAAAGGACUGCGUUCUUUGGAAUUUAUGACUGCAAAGGCAGUGGUGCAGUAACUGCAAUGGAGUCAGGAUGGACCAAGCAAUUAACUUUUGAAGAAGCAAGACCCUUUCUGGAUAGGAGCUUCAUCAAUGCUUCAUAUUGGUUAGACCCUUAUUUUGCAGUUUAGAGUGGACUGUCAUGUAUUCUUCUACACCAACAGAGAUUGUUACCCACAGACAACAUUCAACAUUUGUGAGAAAGAUUGCUGUAAAGAUUCCUCAAUUUGUAAUACAUAUUUGUUCAAUCCUGCUCUUCACUGUAUAUUUUUUCAUGUAGCUUCAGAAUUUGACAGAAAUUUAUGUUCAAAAUUAUUCACAUUUUUCAA